AUGAAUGGCGACACGGAGGGCACGUUGCUGCCUGAGCAGUGCCAAGGUGCGGCAGCUGUUGAUGCCACGCUGCUUCCCCAGUCUGUGGAUCCUAGCCCGGCUGCUGCCCCUAGCUCCAGUCCUGCUGCCCCUGCUGCUCCCGCUGCGCCUGCUGCAGUGGCAGCGGUGGCCGGUUCGGACUCCGAGAUCUCCUGGAAUCUGACGCAGUCCGACCCACCCCCAGGGGCAGAUGCCACCUUCUGGCCUGAGCAGAAGCAGUUGGAGCAGAAGAGCCGGCAGGAAGCGAAGAAGGACCUGAAUGACCUGACCUCCCCUCCGGAGCGGGAGCCCAGCCCGGAGGCCGACGCGUGGGCGGCGGGGCUCCGUGGGGGCUCCGAGGACAACGCCAGCGCGGACCCUUUGGUUUUCGGCAAGCCAAAGCCGCGUGCUCGCAAGCCCAGCAAGGGCGAGGCCACGAGGGCGCCAGAGAUUGUGCUUGUACAGCGGGAAGAGCUGCAGGCGGAGGUGAACUGCUGGGAGGCUGGCCUUCGUGGUGGUGAGGAGAAGAUGGACGCGAUGGUUUUUUCCAAUCCCCAUUUCCGUAAAGGCAAAGACGGCAGGGAAGCCAAAGCAGAAGCUCGGCCUCCGCGCAGCCCAAGCAAGCCAAAGGCCCUGCAGAGUCCGAUGGAUUCACCGGUUCGGCCCAGGAGUCCGGCCCUGGCCGCACCAAAGCCCAAGGCCUUGCGCUCUCCGCAGCCUUCGGCCAGGUCAGCAGAUCGCGAUGUGCCGCCGACGCAGAUGCGGCGAAGUCGCUCGCAGCCGCCUGACCCUGCCAGGCAGAUGCCUGAAGUUCCGCGGCAACGUUUGUCUCAACCAAACGCAGAUCGCCCAACACGAGGUCCAGGCCAACUGCCACAAAUCGAGCCCAAUGAUCAGACGCGGGGCGUGAGGUCUGUUUCAAGGGCACCGCCGGAGGCCACGCCAUCCCCGCCCAAGCCCAGUCGUGCGCAGUCUGUCAGUGCUCCACGGAGGGUCGCUUCCAAAGAGGAGGGUGGGCGCCAGAUGUUCGAUAAGAACGAGCUGAGAUCCAUGCACAAGUCCAUGUUCGAGGCUGCCAUCGCCCGACGACGAUCGCAACUGCUAUCCAAAGCUGAUGCAGCUGAGCAGUCGGAGCUGGAAGCCACCCUUGCUGUGGUCCAGGUCUACAUGCGCAAGAGGCCGAUUUCCGAAAAGGAGUCGCAGGUCCGAGGGGACUACGAUGCCCUUACUGUAGUGCCAAGAACACCGGUCUCGAAGGAGGUCGUGCUGCACAAUUGUCAGUUUCAGGCAGAUCUGAAGACACCUUUCAUUACCCAUGCGCACUUUGGGUUCGACUGCGUUUUUCCAGAAGAGUCUUCCAACGAGGAGGUUUACGCCCAGACAGCCGAGCCACUGGUACAGAUUGCCCUGAACGGUGGCAUCGCCACCAUGUUCAUGUUUGGUCAGACAGGUAGCGGAAAAACGUUCACCAUGACUGCCAUUGAGGAGUUUGCGGCGAGAGACAUCUUUGCCAGAACUGCAGAGGCUGCAGACGACUUCAUGUCUCUGCAAUUCUUCGAACUGCGUGGAAACCGCUGCUUCGACUUGCUCACCUCUGCCGCCGCCGCGCGAGACACGCGUGCGGCGGCGCGAAACCGCGGAGCCCAGGCUCCGGAGCUGCGGCUAAGAGAGAUGAAGGACGGAACUUACGUGGCGGAUGGGGCCCUGGUCAUGGGCCCUACGUCUCCGGAAGACCUCUGCACCUGGAUGCGGAGAGCUCACGCCUGUCGUGCAACUUCAGCUACGGAGGCCAAUGAUGUGAGCUCGCGAAGCCAUGCCGUUUGCAUGCUUCGCUUUGCACAAACUGGUGGCCAGCUCCUCCUGAUCGAUUGUGCCGGCACGGAGCGAAGGAAGGAUGCCAUGUAUCACUCCAAGGAGCGACAGCAGGAAGGAGCGGAAAUCAACGCCUCGCUGCACGCCCUCAAGGAGUGCAUCCGAUACUUCACCUCCCAGGGCUCCGUGCCAUCGCACAUCUUCCGCGCUUCUUCGCUCACCAAGAUCCUGGCCGAGUCCUUCCUUCGCACACGUGCAGCUCGCUUGGCAGUUAUAUGCACGGCCUCACCUUGCGCUUCAGACACGGAGCACACACUGUCUACACUGCGGACGGGUGUUUCGCUCUGCACCGCGGGCUCCGAGCGAGAGGAUCGCGAGCUGAUCCUGGAAG